AUGUAUAACGCAGACGAGAAUGAAUGUGCCUUGGAAACUCACAGAUGUGAUUCUCACGCCACGUGCAGCAAUACUAUUGGAACAUACACAUGUACGUGUAAUCGAGGAUUUAACGGAAAUGGGACCGUUUGCGAAGCAGUAGACGACGUUGAUGAGUGUUUGUUGGGAACACACAGGUGUCAUUCUCAAGCCACGUGCAACAAUGAUGCUGUUGGAUCAUACACAUGUACUUGUAACGAAGGAUUUAUAGGAAAUGGCAACGUUUGCAAAGACAUUGAUGAAUGCACUUUGAAAACGAAAAAGUGUCAUCCACAAGCCUUGUGCAACAAUUCCAUUGGAUCAUACACCUGCUCUUGUAACAAAGGAUUUAUUGGAAAUGGGACCAUUUGCAAAGACGAGAAUGAAUGUGCCUUGGAAACUCACAUAUGUGAUUCUCACGCUACGUGCAGCAAUUCUAUUGGAACAUACACAUGUACGUGUAAUCGAGGAUUUAACGGAAAUGGGACCGUUUGCCAAGACGAGGAUGAAUGUUCCUUCGAAACUCGCAGUUGUCAUUUGCAAGCCUCGUGCAAGAAUACUAUUGGAUCAUACACCUGUUCUUGUAAUGGAGGGUUUUCAGGAAAUGGGACCUUUUGCCAAGACAGUGAUGAAUGUACUCUGAAAACUCACAAAUGUCAUCCUCAAGCCUCGUGCAACAAUUCCAUUGGAUCAUACACCUGUUCUUGUAAUAAAGGAUUUAUUGGAAAUGGGAUCGUUUGCAAAGACUUGGAUGAAUGUGUCUUGAAAACUCACACAUGCCAUUCUCAAGCUACGUGCAGCAAUACCAUUGGAUCAUACAACUGUACUUGUAAUGGAGGAUUUAUUGGAAAUGGGAUCGUUUGCGAAGACGCUGAUGAAUGUACAUUGGAAAGUCACAAAUGUCCUUCUCGAGCCUCGUGUAACAAUACUCUUGGAUCAUAUACUUGUUCUUGUAAUGAAGGAUUUGAAGGAAAUGGGACCAUUUGUAAAGACCGUGAUGAAUGUACUUUGAAAACUCACCAAUGUCAUCCUCAUGCCUCGUGCAACAAUACCAAUGGAUCAUAUACUUGUACUUGUAAUAAAGGACUCAAAGGAAAUGGGACCGUUUGUGAAGACAUGGAUGAAUGUUCCUUGAAAACUCACAGAUGUCAUUCUCAAGCCACUUGCAACAAUACUAUUGGAUCAUACAGCUGUACUUGCAACAGAGGAUUAAAAGGAAAUGGUACCAUUUGUGAAGGUAUCAUCCUCGAGCCAAGUGCAGCAACGCUGCUGGGCGAUACACUUGUACCUGUAACAAAGUGUUUGAUUUGUAAAGAUACAUUCUUAAUUCCCCAACGAAAAAACAGGUUCGUUUCUUUAGUCUUGGUUUCUGGUAAAGUGAACUUCAGCAAGAAAGACAAGUUUAGAAAACUCAUGAAGGAGGUCGAUGAAUUAUAUAAAAAGAAUGCAACUGCUCGAGAAAGAUCCGCGCAAAAUAUCAUCCAAGAACUGUCUAAUCUUACUGGACGUUAUCCUGGAAAUGAAAAGGAAGAAAUGCUACGUUCCGAAUAUCUUUAUGGCACCGUUAAAAUAAUCCAGAAAAUUGUUAAUUUAAAUAUUUCUGAUGAUUGCUUUAACAUAUUGGGUCCCGCAAAUAAUAUAUUGGAUGAUAGAAACAGAAAAUCGUGGAGAAAUAUGACGAACCGGAAUUUGGUCCGUGAUCUGGCGAUAACAUUGCAAAAUUAUGGAUUUCAAUGUGGGGAGAAAUUAAAGAACAACAAAAGUACCUUGCCCAUAUUUCGCAAUCAUUCUAACGUUCAGAUACGUGUCAAAUACCAAAAGCCCUCAGAAUUUCCACCUCAGGAAAGGGUUUUCAAUUUCCCAAAUACAUCGUUCAUUUUAUCACCGGACGCAAUUCGGAACACUUCCGGAGCUGUGGUAGUUGUCGUGUGGUAUAAGACACUGAACUUAUUCCUCACAAACAUUGAUUAUGAUGGCAGUAACCAUACAAUAAACAGCAAAAUCAUUACUGCUAGCGUCCGACCUGAACCAAAAAUGUCGUUUAAAGAACCUGUUCGUAUCAUCUGGGACGGAAAAGGAUUGGACAAACCAAAACGUUGCGUGUAUUGGAACCCGGAAUUAAAUGAGAAUGAGUGGAAAUCCGACGGAUGCAAAAGAGGGGAGUUAAAUAGUGACCGUUUACUAUGUGAAUGUGACCAUCUCACUGCUUUCGCUAAUAUGGACAUUUCGGAGACAAGUUUGUUAAGUAAAGCUGAGCGGGGCGCUUUGGAGAAAAUAACAACAGUUGGUUGUGUUCUAUCAUUGGCUGGUGUGAUAUUGACGAUAUUAGCCCACGUGUUGCAGUGGAAAAGAAUCCACAGAAAUGCCAAAAGCAAAGUUCCUUCUAAAGUUCUCAUGAAUCUCUGCGUUGCCAUUGGAAUGACAAAUGUCCUUGCUAUCCUUGCAGGACCUGGACGUGAUGAAGAGUUAUUUUGCAUAACCGUUUCAAUCUUGUUAUAUCUUUCGGUGCUCGCUUUAUUUGGAUGGAUGUUAUGCGAAGGGAUAGUAAUUUAUUUACAACUGGUUAAUGUUUAUGCCGGUUUGAGCUUGGGAGGCAAAUAUAUGAAGACAUUCUAUGCUAUUGGUUGGGGAUUUCCAUUGACCAUUGUCGUACUGUUAGUUGUGGUAUAUCAACCAUUUGACUUUAUCUCAGACCACUCAUGUUGGUGCCCGGUUGGCGGUGUGCUUUUUUGGAUUUUUGUGGGCACGAUGGGGCUGAUAUUGCUGAUCAACAUCGUUAUCUUUUUUCUGGCUUUACGAAAAGCUUUGUCAUCCAGCGAAGUGAGCACAAUCCGUAGUGAAGCUGAUACCGUGUUAAGAAAAGCAAAAAUCGGCUUGAAAGGUUCCGCUGUGCUUCUUCCAAUACUUGGACUAACCUGGGUGUUUGGAUUGCUGGUAUUCAAUCGAGAUACAGUUGUGUUUAAAUAUUUAUUCGCAAUAUUUAACUCGCUACAAGGAAUGAUGAUAUUUGCUUCCCAUGUGCUUUUAAAUACAAAGUUUCACGACGCCUUCUUGCAAGAAAAGAGAAAUCGUAAUGAAAGACGCAAUACCUAUGCUAUGAUAAAAAACAAUACUUCCAGCAGUAUAUUACAAACAACAAGUGAAUAUAGCAGUAGAAAAUUCAGUGUCUCACCUCAACCAGUAUUCUUGAGAGGAACUUUUGACAGAUCAGCAAUAAAAGUGGAGAAAAAAUGCACCCCAGAAAGAAUUACAGACGGUUUAGUCCAAGAUCUAGCUAUAUAG